AUGGGCAAGGAUAUUAUUUGCGAGGAAAAGCGGCUUGGACAACGUAGCGGUGUGAUUUCAGAGGUUCCAUGUAAUAUAAGACGUUUAGAUUUAAGUAAUACUGCAGUACAACAAGUGCCCUCAUCAAUUAGGUGUCUCUCUCAUCUUUCUCGGUUGGAUUUGAAUCGUUUGAUGGAGCUUCAAAGUCUGCCAGACAGCAUAUGCAAUCUCAAAUCUCUCGAGAAAUUGAAAUACUCAGACAGCAUUUGCAAUCUGAAAAACCUUGUGGAAUUAUCGGUUGAAACAUGUGCGAAUCUCCUUGGUCUGCCAAAGAACACUGGGAAUUUAGAGUCUCUAGAGAGACUUAUUGCAGAUGGUCUUGGUAUAAAAGAAUUACCAGAGAGCAUUUGCAAUCUGAAAAAUCUUACUGAAUUAUCGGUUAAUGAAUGUGCAUAUCUGCAGAGUCCGCGAGAGAACUUUGGUAAUUUAGAAUCUCUAGACAAGUUUGGUGCACGUAGUAAUGGUAUAAAAGAAUUACUGCACAGCUUUGCAAUCUGA